ACAUUGACGAGUGCACAGUUUUCCCAUGCUUGGACAAUGAGGUAUGCACCAACACACCAGGAUCGUACAUAUGUGCCUGCAGUCCAGAGAUCGAGUUGAACGGAAUAUUUUGCGUUGGCAUAGACGAGUGCACAGCAGACCCAUGCGGGGCACAGGGGACAUGCACCAACACACCAGGAUCCUACACAUCUAACUGUAAUCCAGGGUUCGAGUUCAGCGGAACAACAUACAUUGACAUAGACGAGUGCACAGAUGACCCAUGCGUGGCACAGAGAACAUGCACCAACAUAGCAGGAUCCUUCACAUGUGCCUGCAGUCCAGGGUUCGAGUUCGACGUAGUAACUUGCGUUGACAUAGACGAGUGCACAGCAGACCCAUGCGGGGCACAGGGGAAAUGCACCAACACACCAGGAUCCUACACAUGUGUCUGUAAUCCAGGGUUCGAGUUCAGCGAAACAACAUGCAUUGACAUAGACGAGUGCACUGGUUGGCCAUGCGGGAUAAAUGAGGAUUGCACCAACACACCAGGAUCCUUCACAUGUGCCUGCAUUCCAGGGUUCGAGUUGAACGGCAGAAUUUGCAUUGACAUAGACGAGUGCACAGCAGACCCAUGCGGGGCACAGGGAAUAUGCACCAACAAAAUAGGAUCCUACACAUGUAGCUGUAAUCCAGGGUUCGAGUUCAGCGGAACAACAUGCAUUGACAUAGACGAGUGCACUGGUUGGCCAUGCGGGAUAAAUGAGGAUUGCACCAACACACCAGGAUCCUUCACAUGUGCCUGCAUUCCAGGGUUCGAGUUGAACGGCAGAAUUUGCAUUGCUAUCGUCUAA